AUGUCAAUGUGGAAAACACUUCAAACCAAUGCAAUGGUCGAAUUUUUCAAUACAAAGUCCGAUGUGAAAAUCAAAUCUUUCAAGGAUUUGGACGGCGUUCGUCUCAUUCAUUUUCUUGAAAAUGUCUAUAACAAAAAGUGCCAUUUGCAAUAUCCAAAGAAAUUAAAAACUCCUUUCCAUCAAAUAGAAGCCGCAAACGUCUGCAUUGAUUUUUUAAAAACACUUGGAAUCGAAAACGACUGUGAUGAGAAUGACAUAAUCACCAAAGAUGAAAAAAUGCUUCUUUCUUUGUUCACAGUUAUUGUCAAAUCAAACAUGAAAUUGAGGAGAAAUGAAAUGAAUGAAGUGGUGACUUGGCUUGAACAAAUAACGAACAAAAAGAUUACAAAUUAUCUAUUUGAUUGGAGAGAUGGAAUGAUAGUAAAGUCAAUUGGAGGAGAGGAUGAACCUCUAAAAGUAUUGAAUAAAUUGGGAAUACUCAAACUGUUUUCCGAAUUGAAUCAAAUUGGACUUGAUGAACUGACUACUAUGAUGUUUGCAAGAAGUAUUUUUGAACAUCGAGAAAGGUUAGAGGAGUUGAAAGAAAGAAACUUUGAUUUAAAAGAAGUUCAAAAUAUCGUUCAAUACAAAGAGAAUAAUUCAGAACAACAAAAAGAAGACAUAACAGUAAAAGAAAUUGAAACCGUCAAAAUUGAAAAAAGUUUAAUAACAUCAUCAACAGAAUUACAAUCCAAUAAAAACAAAUAUGUUUAUUACCUUCUUACUAGUAAAAAAGAACGAGUGACUCGGAAAAGUUUAAUGCUUAACACAAAACCAGUUGAAGAAAAACGUUAUAGUUUAAGAGAACAACCUAUAUACACCAAAGAGCUUCUUGUGAAUAAAGAAUUUCAAUUAAAAACUAAAAAAUCAUUAGAACGUCCAUUUGUCCCACCACUCGAUUUAAAUAAACUUAAUAUAAUUUCUUCGGAAGUAAUUGAGUCUGAGAGUCCCAGUUCACAAACCGAAAAACGACUAACAAAGAGCGAAGAACAAAAAGAUGAUAAAAAGGAAGACAAGAAAUUGUUUUUUGAUCCAAAUUUAGAAAUUCAAUGUCCAAUUCAAAUUUGCCAGCAGAAAUCCCUCUCUACUCUUCCACAAGAAGUCAAAGAAGAUGAAAUGAAAGAGAAGCGCCCAAAGCUUAGUAGAUUCACAGGAAGUGAAAGUGCUUCAGGUUCUGAAACCCCAAGGACGACUCUAGCAAGAAGAGACAAAAUAAUAUUAAAAAGAAAUCCAUCACUCCAUAAAGAACAACGACCCGAGACUCCCGCCGUGUUUACGCCUCGAAAUGAAGAAACCUUUUUUUAUCAAAGCUCUGCUACCAUUUGUGAAAAGAACUUUCACUUCCAGUCACAAAUUAAUUCUGAAAAUGAGACAAACAAACAAGAGGACAAAAUGGAGAACAUCAAGUCACAUAAAGUGAAUAACAGUAAUGUUUCAAAAGUGUGUGAAACAGUGAUUCCAACUCAGCCAUUGCAAAUUCAAGAAGAGGAAGUUAUCACAGUCGAACCACCCAAACCUGAAACCAUGUCAGCCAGCAUCAGAGAAGAAAUUUCAAAGAAGAAGGUAUUAAGUCCAGUUACUGAAACACCAAGUGAAGUCGUUGAAAAAUGUAUAGUGGAGCAAGAAAUUGAAGACCCCACAAAUUACGUGAAAAGAAAUAUAUGUCGAGAGAUUAGUAUGGAAGAAUUGAGGAAGCGUGAGGAGGAGAAAAAGCAACUUGAGCUUGAAAAAUCACAGAACGAAAUGAGAAUCAAAGAGGAGUACGAACUAGAGACCAAAAACUUUUUGAAUGCAAGUGGAGAGACAAUCGUGUUGAGGUUUUUAGAGAACUUUAGACUGUGGAUUGGACUGAGAAGGUUCAAUGUUCUGUUUGAUGAAAGCAUUCUUUCUAAUAAUAUAACGUCUGCUAAUGUAAAUGCUGCAAUGAAUCUAAAAGAGAAUCUGAUGAUUAUUAUAGUGUCAACUAAAGGUCAUAUAUUUGGGUCCUUUAAUAAAAGUCCAAUACCAAGCGCCCACAAAAAGAAGUACAAAUAUCUUACAAAGGAUAAUGGGUUCUUUGUGUUCUCAUUGAGAAACAAUACAGGAGACCAGCCGAGAAGAUUUUACUUAAAACGCCCCGGUAAAACAUUUUGUGUGUGGCCGAGCAACCACCAGAUGAUGGUGUUUGGAGUGAAAAGAUUCAUCAAAGUCAAACGGUUUGGGAGGUGUGAAUUAACCAAAAAGUUUGCCUUGAAUUAUGCGAACAUCCCAGACGAAAAACAUUUGUUUUUCACUGGAAGUCCAACAUUCGAGAUUUCCAAACUCAUCAUAGUUCAAUGGUCCGAUUAA